AUGAAGCCACUAACCUCGGGUAUGGGGACGCCACGGUCCGGGUCCCUAACUCGCAGCAGUUCUACCUGGACGACGCCGGCGAGCGUCAAUACCACGUUCAAGUCUCCUGGCCACUACAGUGGCAGGACCACGGCCCCCCAGAUGGCCAUCCCAUCUCCAUCAUGUGAGUGCAAGCGCAUCAUCUUAACGAAAGAGUCUAUCCUGGCCCAGCAGAGCAUAGCUAACACAAACUACUACUCGCUAUAUGGUGGAUGGAAACACCCUGUUCGUGACUGCCAGCGAGUCCGCAUGGAGGCCCCGACGGACCGGUUGAAGGAAUGCAUGGAGAAAGAGGGCAAAGAACCCCUCAAGGACAAGAUUCAUUUGUUGAUCCUCUUUACGGGCAGGUAUGAACAGUAUCCCCCCCGGUGGCAUGAUGAAUCGCCCGAGGACUACGAGGUCCGCAAGAAAACCGCCCGACCCAUGCAGAUGAUGAACAACAUCAACAGCCUUCUGACGAUCCUGGACAAUUGUAGCAAUUCCAAUGUCGUUUGA